UAUAUUAGGCAGAGAUAACGGAGCCACAUAAGCGCGCAGGAACAAACAAACAGGGACGAGUCCCGUGUGUCAGCCACGGCGGCGAUAUGUCGAUAUUCUAAUGACCGGAGCAAGAUUUAUUACAUUCUAUUUUCACAUAUCGUUGAUACUCGGUUCGUUUUGUUAUGUGAUGCCAAUAAGCAGUAACGGUCAUAGUGGCACAUCGAAUAAAAAGUUGUCAUUUAACGUAAGAGGCAAGUCAGCAACGACACAUGCCGAGCCUGAUGAAGAUGGAAAUGAAUUUUUGACCAUAGCUCCAGCGCUUCCAAUAUUACCAGGUGCUCCGAUACCUCCAAAACUAAACAAACGAUCCUACAGUACUUUAAGUUCAUCGAGCUCCACUUUCAACGUAGAAGAUGCUGAAGUUGGGGGCUGCGACGUUGUCACCCUGCAGCAGGCUGAAGAAGGUAGAACAGUGGUGGCGUCGCGCGCGCCCUCCCAACGAGACAAGAAUCCAGAUAGAAUAUGUUUAGACAGACGAGGUCUGACAACAUUUCCAAAUAUUGUCGGUGAAACUAGACUCAGAUUGUUGUCGUUGCAGCAUAAUUUGUUGACAAAAAUCAACACCGAUCGUCUGACGCAGUUGAGAAAACUUGUAUUUUUAGAUCUGUAUGAUAAUCAAAUAGAGAAAAUAUGUAAUUUAGAUCCGUUGGAAAAUUUAAGAGUAUUACUUGUAGGAAAGAAUAGAAUUAAAAGAAUCGAGGGAUUAGAAAAAUUGAACAAAUUAGAAGUUCUAGACUUGCAUGGUAACCAAAUUGUACAAGUAUCUGGCUUGAGUGAAUUAGUUUCAUUGAAAGUGUUGAACUUGGCUGGGAACAACAUCAAGAAUGUUGGAUGUAACGAUUUUCAAGGUUUGUGUUCGUUGAAAGAAUUGAACUUGAAAAGAAACAAAAUCAAGAAGUUGGCAGGUUUUGGGGAGACGCCACAGCUGCAAAAAUUGUACCUGAGCAACAAUGAGAUACAGAAAAUUGAAGAUAUGGGAAGUCUUGCUAAGGCUUUGCAAGUUAAGGAGGUAACUAUAGACGGUAACCCUGUGACGAUGAAUGCAGACUGCGUGUCGUUCCUCGUUUCUUAUUUACCGAAUCUACAAGUUCUGUCGACGAUGCAAGUUAACGAACAAGUUCGGAGGGCAGCUAUGGCCUGGAGGACUACGAAAGAACAAUCAAAUUCCGCCUUUUUGGACCUCAGCACUCAAGUCUGCGUAAAUGUGAGAAGAGAGGAAGUUAUAACGAACGCCAAGACGAACUGGGAAUUGCUCAGAUCGCAGACAAAAUGCAUAACUAGCGGAGUGAGUAAACUUGGUACGACGAAGAACGAUCAGGUGCGCGGUCUGCAUCUGCAGAAUUCAUCACAGAUAGAUACUGUAAGACUGAAGGGAUUGGACAAAGCAAAAUCGAAGGCAUUUGGAAGCCUGACUUCUAUAAAUGAAAAUAUAGAAUCAAAGAAAAUUCACUUCAAAAGAAGAAGUAAUUCCAGCGAUAAUAUGCUAAGAACGAACGGUGUAGAAAGAGUAAAUGCUCUGGAUUUUAAACUCCCUCCUAUUCUUCUUCCUAUUAUAAAUAAUUUGACAAGCAACAAGACAAUAGAAAAUGUGCAGAGCUUAGAAACUAGGAACGGCUUGACUCAAGUCGACACUACAGAUACGCCAACUGAGAGCGACGUGGAGAGCUGUGAGAGCCACGAAAGCCUGAAGAGCGGACUAAGAAAUCAUUUGGUCAAAUCUACUCUACAAUUAGAUCGUGAUAAAAAUCAACAAGAUACAAAAUUAGAAGAUUUGACAGUGAACAAUGUCCUCUUCACAAAAACCCUAAAACCACAUAAUAGCGAAGAUUCUCACUUAAGUGAAGGGCAAAGCCCUCAUAAUCAAGGAUCAACAAAGAAUUCUAGAUCUUACUAUACUCACGACAGUCAGAAUGAAUCUCACAGAAAGGCUGCGAUCAACAAAUCCAUCUUUCAGUCGGCGAGCCUGAAGGCAAACAGCAUAGAAAUCUGCAAAUCUGUACUAAGCGAUUCCAGUGGAUCGUCAGUACCAAAAAUUUUGCUGGACAAAUCGCAGGAAUUUGAAAGCGAGAAGAGCAGAGUAAGGAGUGCGCAGAUGAGAAAAAUCGUUCAUUAUAAAAGCAACAGAGCUGCGACUGCUCGAGCCAAGCACAGAGCACUACCUCCUGCUAGUCCGCCUCCUCAACCGAGUCCGCCAAAGGAAAGAGAGCAAGGUGGUGAUUAUUUGAUUGAAAUAACAGGUCGCUGUUUGAAUGUCUAUGGUCAAGGUGCGUUGCGAUUUAUCGACCGUCCGUGGGAUGCGACGAAAGCGAGCGAAGUGAACAUAAUUAAAUUUAACUAUGUUCAAUUCAACGGAAUAGCGACAAUUUUGAACAAGCUUAAGAACAGAUUUUCUAACGCUGAACAUUUCAUCUUCAAAGAAACAAAUAUCUGUCAUCUUGGUCAACUCAACGCCCUUGCCGAAGUGCAGGGUUUAAGUAGCAUUCAUAUCGACGCCGAAGGUAACCCAAUCAUAUCGAAAGAUUGGAAGGUUUACGCUAUCUUUCGAUUGGCUCAUUGGGGCCUGAAGGUGAUUAAUGGAGAAGAGAUACCGGACGAAAAAAUUGAGCAAGCGAAUCAAGAGUAUGCAGGAUUGACAGAUAUCGUAAUGUGGUCACUGCCAGAAUCACUGUUGCAGCCAUUGUUGCAGAGACUGCAACUCGACAAAGCGCAGAAACAAAAUGGGGAACAAAUAACUGCCAAACAAUUUUUAUUCAACAGCGAUCCAGCGUUGCGAAAUGUUGUUGCUAAGGAGGCUCUACAAUGGCGUCGCGGUAACGUUACGCAGGACGAUUUGAUCUGGAGGCACAAGGGUAAAGUUCACUUAUCUAAUAUGGUAGAUUUAACAAUCGAUGCUGUACAUAAAUUGCAAAUGUUGGAAAAAGAAUGGCCGAAUAUUUUGAAAGAAAUCGUUCGCGAUACUUUGAUUGACUAUUCAGAUAUGAAUUCAUACAUGAAGCGUUGUAUGAAUAAACUAGCCAGCGAUAAACAGUGCAAUCAAUAAUUGUUAUAUAUAUUUAUGUUGUAAAAAAUUCAGGAACAUUCUAAUGUGUAACUUUUAAUAUAGACGUCUUUUCUCCCCAUGAACAAAACCAAAUUGGUCUAGUUGUAUUGUAUCGAGUGAUUAAGAUCCAAACGAAUGAAAGUAAUUGGGAAAGUUUGAUUUUAGUGAAAAAUGAGACAGACAAAUCUGAUUGAGUUUACCGGGCUACGAGCUUUGAGACUUGAUAAACAUAGAAGUGAAUGGCUGGUGUUUUCGUCAAAACACAUUUUUUCAGUAACCUAUG